AUGAUUGCUUUCCUGCCGCUGUUUAUGCACGAGCUCAUGGAUAGAGGUGCAUGGAAGGCGUUUAUCAGGUUGACAAAGCAAUUUUUAUCACUUUCCCCAGUUUUCGAGGUGUUUUCAACACAAAUCUAUCGUCACUCUAUUGUUACAUCGUUAACAUUCGGUGGUGCGAGAUAUAUUGCCACCGGACGUGGUUUCGCUACUACCAGAAUAUCAUUUCCUUUACUUUUCUCGCGAUUUGCUGGUCCUAGUAUAUACAUGGGUAUGCGAACGCUGCUGAUGCUUACUUUCAUAUCGCUUACGAUGUGGGUUCCGCAUCUAUUAUACUUCUUGUUUUCUGGAUUGGCAUUGGCACUUGCACCAUUUGCAUUCAACCCUCAUCAAUUUUCUUUAUAUGAUUUUAUCAUAGAUUAUAGAGAAUUCCUCCACUGGAUGUCGAGAGGCAAUUCAAAGACCCAUGCCAACUCAUGGAUCAGUUUCUGUAGGAUGUCACGUACUCGUGUUACAGGUUAUCGGAAAAAGAUACUGGGUCUACCAUCUGAAAAAUACUUGGAUGACAGCGCCAAGGCAGGUUGGCAGGUGGUGUUGUUCUCGGAGAUAAUCUGGCCGUGUUUUAUGGCCCUGAUUUUCGUCAUAGCUUACAUGUUCAUGAAUUCCAUCAACAAUGAGUACGUCGUUAAGCCAAGCAUGCUCAUCAGAAUACUCCACGUUACGUUUAUUCCACUUCUUCUUAAUGCGAUGGUACUACUCACUGGGUUUAUGCUGUCAUUCUUUUACGGGAGGAAGCUGACUGGACUUUGGCAAAAAUAUCCAGCUAUGGUGGCUGCAACUGUUCAUGCAUUUGCGGUGCUUGGUCAGAUUGCCACAUUUGAAUAUUUAUGGUUUUUGGAAAACUGGAGAGGAAGUUCAACCAUCCUCGGUAUCAUUACUUCAAUGGCGAUUCAAAGAGCAUUCGUUAAGUCAAUAAUAGCCACCUUCCUUAGCAGGGAAAUCAAGAAUGAUGAGACAAACAGAGCUUGGUGGAGCGGUAAAUGGUGGUACACGGGGCUAGGUCAGCAUAUUAUGACGCAUCCACUGAGAGAAUUCUUCGCAAAGAUUGCAGAAUGCUCGCUCUUCACGGCUGACUUUCUGACAUGUCACAUUUUAUUCCUCAUACUCGCAAUUCCAACACUUAUACCAGGAUUUGACAGGAUACAUUCGAUCGCAUUGUUCUGGCUUAAACCAUCCAAGCAGAUCAGACCACCGCUUUACUCACGCAAGAUCCAGAUGGAGCGGAGAAGAGUAUUCUACAAGUAUGGAUUCAUCUAUUUUAUCAUUAUGGGUUGUUUGCUUUCAACUAUUUUCAUUCCAUUGAUUUACAAGGACAUUUUCUUUAGCUGGUAA